UGACCGCCAUACACAUACAACAGACGGACACACCACCUUGAAUCAUCCUAUAGUGACCAGGCAGUUGACCUCCAGGACAGCCAGCAGCAGGAGAGUCAGUGUUCCGCAGACAGGAUGGGCCUCCUUCUACUGCUCACCUCCUCGCUCCUGUUCAGCUUCUUCUAUCCAGGGAUAGUGGUGGACGCACAGCGAUCAUUCACGAUACAAAACAUAGUCCUGUCCAUUGAGCCCAGUACUAAUGUGACUCGGGACACCAAUGUGACUGUGAGAUGUAAGGCCCAUGUCAGCUCGGGGACUGGGGUGCUGAGUCGUGAGUACACGAUAUACAAGGACAGCCAAACGGUGUACACCAAGACCUCCAGCACGUCAGAGGACCUGCUGUACCCGUUGCCCGGGGCCAGAGUCUCCAACACCGGCAAAUAUAAGUGCAAGAUCAAUAUCGAGGGCAAAGAGAAGACAAGUGAAGCUACAAAACUCACCGUGACAGGCCUGUCGAAACCAGUUCUCCACAUUAACAAAGGUGUUGUCAAUGAAGAGGAGGAGGUAACCGCCAGCUGCACAGCACCCGGGGAGACCGGCUCCAUUUACUUCUACUUCUAUGAGGACUCCAAAGAGAUCCUUGACAAUCUGGUCAACUCCAACCAGCUAAAAGCCAAGUUUCCUCUCAGCAGCAUUGGCAUCCACAAACUUAGCUGUAACUAUGCUGUCCUAAUAAUGCCGGACUCCUUCAAGUCUGAAAAGAGCAACAGUAUCACUGUUUCAGUCAAAGAGCUCUCCAUCACUCCAGUCCUGGAGAUUUUGCCUCAGUCCAAGGUUUAUGAAGGAGAUCAACUAAGCAUCUCAUGUACCAUCAGAACGUUUCUCAACAGCUCUGUGAGCAGUCUUGCCGACCUGUACCUGAGCCAUGGGACAACGCUUCUCAGCAGCGGAAAAACCAAGGUCAACCACAGCAUGGUCGCUCUGGCAGAGCACCCUUGGGAUUUUGAGUGCAGACUGGAGAAAGGAAAUGUGGCCAAAGUCACCAAAAACAGGGUUACAGUGAAUGAGCUGUUUUCGGCGCCCACUCUCACCAUGUCUCCUGCUGAAGUCUUUCAAAAGGAUCAUAUGACACUAACCUGCAGAAGUAAGAUCUACGUCUCUGAAAGAAUCUCAAUGGAAGAGCUGAGCUACACUCUUGAGCCGCCUGACAGCCACCUGACCCCCAUGAAGCCCGGUGUUUUCUCUGGCAGGGCCCUGCAGCAUGAUUUCAACUAUACCUGUGUAGCUCAGGCCAAGGGCAUCAUGAAACACAGUGACACCCUGACUAUAUAUCCAAAAGUGUCUGUCUCGAUCCCUAAGAUCUCAGUGGUUGGGAAGGCGGUCCUGGGACAACCAUUCAAUAUCCUCUGUCAGUCGGACACUGGCAGUUUUCCGAUCAACUACACCCUGCUAUGGGGUUAUGACAAACUGAGCACAACCACUGUCAAGCUGCCCCGUGAGGAAGCUCUCUUCACAGUCACCAUCUCCAGGCCUGAGGAAAUAAACAAGUACAUGUGCGAGGCCACGAAUAAACACGGGGAGGCUCCGCUCAGUAAAAGACUCCUAGCUGCUGUUAUAGCACCUCUGACAGACACGACUCUGACCGUCCUCCCCAGCUUAACAGAGAUCUCAGAGGGAGAUGAUCUCUACCUGAUAUGUGGCACUAAAGGCUCACCACCAGUCACCUUUAAGUGGUACCGUGAUGGCGACAAACAGCCGCUGUUCACCGACACCACCAACAAGAACAACACACACUACCAAGUCCCAAAGUUGUCCAAAGAGCACAGCGGCACAUACUACUGCGAGGCUGUCAACCAGGCCAACAACGUGGUCCGCAGUGAGAAGGUCACCGUAGAGGUACGCAUGGCGCUGUGGAAGAAAGCGGUGAUCGGGGGCGUGGGUCUGGUGGUGGUGUCGCUGCUGGUGCUGGCCUGCGUGCUGUACUGCAAAUCCAAGAGAGGUAAAAGAGAAGCAGAUGCUGAAUUGUCAGUAGGGAAGCAUAUGCAACAGGUGAUAAUCAUAAAUAAUACAAAGAUUAAAUGUCUUGGCUAAUAACAAUCCUAAAUAUGCUUGUUCUUAAGAGCACUUUCUGCAAUUUGGAUUAGAUUAGUAUUAUUGACAAUCCUGCCAGCAGACCUCAUUUUGAACAUUUGUCAGAAAGCCUUUGAGGGCUCCUUGACAGUAAGUCUAAUACGACACAGAGGUUUUUAACACAGCCACAGGAAGCGUGGUUUGACUUUUGGAUUGUGUGCCCACGACUGUUCUCAUCAGCCAUUCUCACACCUCAACAGUCACAGCAUGUUUCCUUUUGAAACCUCAGUACUUCACUCCCCUGAUAUAUGUUCUAAUGUUCUAAUAUGCAUGCAGGGAUCAUGUGGUGGGGACCUUAUUACCAGUAAUGUAACUAUCUAUGCUGCUGCAGAUAUCCCCUUAAAGUUUAUAUGCAUGCAACAUGUGUGUACGAGUGAACAUAUUGUCUUUGUCUGUUUUUGCAUGUACAUUGUGUUUGUGUCUAUGUAUUGUAGAGGUAUAGAAACAGUAGGAUGAUGAAGGGAUAGUUCACAGAAUAAUGAAAAUUAGGUCUUUAUCUAUGCCGAUGGAGGGGUGGGUGAAGUGUUUGAGUCCUCAGAACCCUUUAGAAGUCUCAGGGGUGAACAGUGUUGGAGCCAAAUCCAUUACGAAUGAAGUAAAUGUUGACAGAUUUUUCAAACGUAAAAAAACAACAAAAAAACCGAACCAGCAAUGCUACCGUGCAUCCUAUGCGUGCCCUUUGGCAAGACCUUUUUUUCAGUGUGUGCAGUGUGCGUGAGAAAGUGUGUAAAUGAUGCUGCUUCGAGUUAAAUCUAAAUGUCUGGGCUUAGGGACACUUGGAUGAAGCCACAGGAGCAGUAUGGAGGAUUAUUUUGUGAUUUAGUAUUAUUACGUUUGAAGAAUCAGUCCCCACUUCCAUCACUUGUAUUGGAUUUGGCUGCAACAUUGUUUACCCCUGAGACUCCUAAAGGGUUUUAUGGAUUCAAACACUCCACCCACCCCUCCAUCAGAAUUAUAUAUUAAAUUAUGAGUCAAUUUAGAUUUUUCAUUGAACUAUUACUUUACGUCCUUAAGAUACAAGUUGCUGCAGUAGUUAAUUCACGGUACAUGGCAUUAGUUGUCAAGUGUUAUAAAGUGCUUAGAGUGCCCAUUAUCAUCUUCUUCCAGACGAAGCGCCAAUCUAUGAUGGCAUGGACGGGAAGGGUCACCAAUGGGACGUGAGAUAGCGUGGCAUCGCUUCCCCGCUGACAUCAGCAAGAGGAGCAGCUACAGUGUCCCAGCCACAGUGUAGAGAAGCUCUACAGUAGGAGGGACUUGACUUUAAAAAAAAAAAAAAUACAAAGAAGCAUUAAUCGUUUUUAGCUAGAAUUAUUGUACAAUUGGACUCUAUAAAAUCUACCCUCUCAAGAAAAAGGAGGGGCAUUGUUAUGAUGAGAUAUGAACCAGGACCCGCUGCUCCCUCUCCCCUCCUCCUGCAAUCUAAAUGGCCUUUGAUUUCCUACUUAACAUCAAUGUCUUUCCUUUGUUCUUUCAUCCCCAUGUGUCCGUUUGUGUGAGUGCAUGUCCUUUUAUUGUGAGAACUGCUCUUUUUGUCUGAUGUACAUGUAUAAAUAGGUUUGGUGACUGACUCAUUUGUAUAUACAUUUGAUCACCAUGACAGGAAAUGUAUGUAUAUAUUUUUGGUUUAUCCCUUGACUGACUGGAAAAGACACUCCUAGAAUAAAGACAUGGCUUUUA